AACCCUAGAUCGAACGAACGAUCGAUCGAUCGAUCGAUCUCGAUCCGUGUCGGGGAUCUCUUGAGGAGGGGGGGCGAAUGGGGAACACGGAGAAGCUGCUGAACCAGAUCAUGGACCUCAAGUUCACCUCCAAGUCGCUGCAGCGGCAGUCCCGCAAGUGCGAGAAGGAGGAGAAGGCGGAGAAGCUCAAGGUCAAGAAGGCGAUCGAGAAGGGCAACAUGGACGGCGCCCGCAUCUACGCCGAGAACGCCAUCCGCAAGCGCACCGAGCAGAUGAACUACCUCCGCCUCGCCUCCCGCCUCGACGCCGUCGUCGCCCGCCUCGACACCCAGGCCAAGAUGACCACCAUCAACAAGUCCAUGGCCUCCAUCGUCAAGUCCCUCGAGUCCUCUCUCGCUACCGGUAAUUUGCAGAAGAUGUCAGAGACGAUGGAUUCCUUUGAAAAGCAGUUUGUCAACAUGGAGGUGCAGGCAGAGUUCAUGGAGAGUGCAAUGGCUGGGUCAACAUCACUUUCCACUCCAGAAGGAGAAGUGAACAGCUUGAUGCAGCAAGUAGCGGAUGAUUAUGGACUGGAAGUCUCUGUCGGUUUGCCACAACCAGCUGCACAUGCAGUUCCAACUAAAUCAUCAGAGAAGGUUGAUGAAGAUGAUCUUUCAAGACGGCUUGCAGAGCUCAAGGCCAGAGGUUGAGAUUUCUAAGUUCUACGAGACUGAGAUGUCAUUUAAUGUAAAACAUAUGUUGGUAUGGGGAAUCCUGUUGGAUGUCUCAAGAAACUUAUUAUUCCCGUGUAAAUGUGACUGGAUUCGAACCCGGGUUCCUAUGAACCUUGUGGUAUCUAUCAUCUACGCUUGUAAUGUUAAGACCCGAGUUUUAUCUAAUGUGUGAGUUUCUCUGUUCGGCUCUA